GUCAUUUCCUCCGCGGUGCGGGGCCGGGCCGGGCCGGGAUGGGGCGGUAGCGGCCAUGGAGCGGGCCGAGGGCCGGCCCGGCGCCCCCCAGUACGUGCAUGUGCAGCUGCAGGGGGGUGCGCCCUGGGGCUUCACGCUGCGCGGCGGGCUGGAGCACGGCGAGCCCCUCAUCGUCUCUAAGGUGGAGGACGGGGGCAAGGCUGCGCUGUCCCGACGGCUGCAGCCGGGCGAUGAGCUGGUGAACAUCAGCGGGACGCCUCUGUACGGCUCCCGCCAGGAAGCCCUGAUCCUCAUCAAGGGCUCCUACCGCACCCUCAAGAUGAUCGUCCGCAGGAGGAGCGUGCCCGUCCUCCGGCCCCAUUCCUGGCACAUGGCCAAGCUUGCCGAAAGCCGCCCGGACACCCCCGCCAUGCACUGCCCUGCUGAUGCCUUCAGCCUGUCCUGGCCCUCGGGCUGUGAUGUCAGCGAGCUGUCCCUGCAGUGGAACCCGCUGUCCCGGCACUGCAGCACCGACCGCAGCAGCUCCAUCGGGAGCAUGGAGAGCCUGGACCAGCCCGGACAGGCCUACUACGAAGGAGACCCCUCACCCGUUGACCAGGGCAUGUACCACAGCAAGCGGGACUCAGCCUACAGCUCCUUCUCUGCCAGCUCCAUCGCCUCCGACUGCGCCCUGUCCCUUCGCCCGGAGGAGGCCGCCUCCAUCAACUCCUGCAAGCCCCCCGACAGGCGCUACCUGACCGCGGAGGCUGAGCCUCCCGCCGGCCAGCAGCCAGAGGCCUGGCGGGCCCCCGUGCCCCCCCAGCCCCCCGUCAGGAGGGACAGCCUGCGGGCAGCCCCGGCUGGUGGAGGGGACAGGCACCGCACAGCCGUCCCGGCCGACGUGCUGCACGCCAAGGGCCGGUGGAUCUCCGACACCUUCCUCUGCCAGCGGGACGUGGAGCUGGAGGCGGUGGGCGCGAGGACGCCGUCGCCGUACCCCGCAAAGGACCGGCUCUCCACCGACCAGUAUUACACGCUGAGCUCCCACCCUGACCGCGGCCCGGCCAAGCCGCCGCUGGCGGACAGCGCGGAGCCUGGCGACCGGCUGUACCUGGACGGUGGCAGGCGCCAGGCGGCGGACGCCGCGCCGGCGGGUGACAACCCCUUGCUGUCCCCGCUCAAGAGCCACGCGCUGCACCGGCACAGCGCUCCCGAGCAGCUGCUGGCCUCCCAGCUCCGCUCCCUGCAGCUGGGCGCCGGCAGCGGCAGAGCCUCGCCUGCCUCCGACGGGCACCGCUGGACCCUGUCCCCGCUGCACCCCGAGGGCGGCUGCCCGGGGCCCGCGCAGGACUCCCCGCUCUGCCCGGAGCCGUGCUGCUGCCCCGAGCUGCAGCGAGCCUGUGGGCAGACCAGGCUCACGGGCAGCCCGGCGUGCGGCGGCGAGGGGCCGGGGCCGGAGGAGAGCCGUGCGGGGGCCCGGCGGGCCGGGGGCGCUCCACACCGCUCCGCUCAGAUGCGCCGCAACAGCGACCGCUUCGCCACCAGCCUGCGCAACGAGAUCCAGCGGCGCAAGGCCCAGCUGCAGAAGAGCCGUGGCCCCGGCGCCGUGCCGCCGGGCGAGGAGCCGGUGACGGAGGCCGAGGAGCCCCCCGAGGGCAGCGUGCCCGUGCUGGUGCCGGUGGAGGGGCCUCGCACCCCACCUGAGUGUCUCAGCCCUGCGCCAAGCAAGGACGGUCGAAAGCCCGUCCCGGCGGGGGACCGGGGCCUCCCCACCCCUGAGCCGCCGCCAGCGCCCAAAGGGUCCCCGUCUCCGGAGCGGGCGCUGCCGGCGGGCCGGGGCCACUGGCGCUGGUCCCCGGAGCACGAGCUGCAGCCGCAGGUCUCGCCCAGCCGCCGGGAGCUGGAGGGUUACGGCCAGGGCCCGGCGGCACAGGCGUCGCCGCCGCGGGGCAGCGAUGAGGCCGUUCUCCUGCCCUUCGCCGACCGCCGCCGCUUCUUCGAGGAGAGCAGCCGGCCGGCGCCGCCUCGGCACGCCAAGCCCCCGGCGGGUGAUCCCGCUGCCUUCCAGCCCCCCGGCCCCGAGUGCCGGGACGUCCGCCGCCUCUCCAUGGACCAGGCCUACGGUGCCCCCGCCUCACCCGGCCGCCCUGGCUCCGCCGGCCCCUACGCCGAGUGCUGCCGGGAGCAGGCCUCCUGCUACAAGCCGCUGAGAAGGCCAGGGGAGCUGGAGUACCUGCGGGGCUUUUCCUACCCCUAUGGGGUUCCCCGGCGCCCUGAGUCCUGCCACUGCUGCCGGGGGGACCUGUGCCCGCCGCCGCUGCCCCACGGCCAUGCCUGCCGCUGCCACCCGCAGCCCUGGGCGCGCUGCCCUGACUUCUGCUGCCCGGUGCCCCACGCCGGGCGGGAGGACAACGACGCCUGGCCACCACGGAGAGCUUUUGCCGGGGAGUUUUCCGUGGAUGAAUGGGAACCACCAGCAAUAACCAGGAAAGCCAGCCAGUCCAUCAGUGAGUUCUCCCGAUACCAACUGGGCUUCCCAAGGCUCGGCCCCUUCCAACCUCGCUUUGACAACGCCGAGCCGGACUGGCUGCCCUGCUACCGGGCCACAUCCACGCAUGACGUGUCAUGGGAUGGCAACCGCCUGGCUCGGUCUCCCGAGAGCCCCCCGGACCCCCUGCACCGCCCGCUGCGUGGCAGAGCCUUCUCUGAGAGCCACCUCAACCUGGAGCCCGCCAGCCCCCGCGGCCGCGGCCAAAGGGAUCUUCACACCAAGCUGGACUCUCCUGGCAUCCCCAAAAAGAAAGGCCCCCCACCUCCCCGGCCCCCUCCCCCCAACUGGGAGAAGUACAGGCAGCGCCGGACGUGCCAGCGCCUGCCAGAGGGUUCCGGCCGCGACCCUGCCGUCAUCACUGCCCCGGUGCCGCCGCGCAGCAUCGCCGAGGCCGUGCGUGAGCGCUCGCAGAGCCUCGCCGGGGGCAAGUGGAGCCGGUGUCAGGGCCACGUUGCUCCUCCCCCUGCCCCACCGGCCGCCUGUCCCCGGCCCGAGCCCCCCACGUCGCUCCGCAGGGCUCCCGAGUCCGACGCCGGCAGCGCUGAGAUGGGCAGGGUCGUGGGGACCGCGGAGGAGUGGCUGAAGGCAAAGCACCCGUGGGAGCUGGAGGAGCAGCCCCAAAGGCUCGUCUGGAACCAGGAGAAGGGCUGGGCCGGCGCCCGCAGGGUGGGUGAGUGCUCCCUGCCCCUGCGUGGCAGCCCCGGCCCCGCCAGCCCGGAGGCAGCCAAGCCCAGCCCCGCAGCCGCGGAGGGGCCGAGCUGCCAGGGGGCCCAGCCCCAGCCCCGCCGCGUGGACUCGGAGGAGCUGCUGUGGGACGUGGCGGGCAGGGAGCACUCCCUGGGCAGCAUCCUGCCCCCCUCAGCCCCCCUCGGCCCCACGGCCGAGCUGCUGGUGGCCAGGGAGCAGCAGCCCUGGCGGGAGCGUUUCCAGCAGGACUGGCACCCCGAGAGCCUGGCGCAGGACAGGCAGGGCUUCGAGCCCAUCUCACCGCCCCCCGACAGCGCUGCCAGCUCCAGCGCCUACCCGGCCUAUUACGGUGCAGCAGUGGGCAAAGCCGAGCCGCUGGGCAAGGUGAAGGAGCUCCCAGACGUGGUGGAGGGGAGCUCGGAGGAUGAGGAGGAGGCAGAGCGUGAGCUGGUGGAAAAGAAGCUGCAGCUGAUCGAGAGCCUGAGCCGCAAGCUGGCCGUGCUGCGGGAGGCUCAGCGGGGGCUGCAGGAGGACAUCAGUGCCAACGGGGCGCUGGGCGAGGACGUGGCCGCCCGCCUGCAAGCCCUCUGCACCCCAGGCGAGUUCGACAAGUACCGGCUCUUCGUGGGAGACCUGGACAAGGUGGUGAACCUCCUGCUGUCCCUGUCCGGACGCCUGGCCCGGGUGGAGACGGCCCUGGGCAGCCUGGGGCCGCACACUGCCGCUGAGGACGAGGUGGCCCUGCGAGAGAAGCAGCGGCUGCUGGUGGCACAGCUGGAGGACGCCAAGGAGCUGAAGGAGCACGUGGGGAGGCGGGAGGAGGCGGUGGGUGCCAUGGUGGCACGGUACCUGCCCCCCGAGCACCUCCAGGACUACCAGCACUUCGUCAAGAUGAAGUCGGCCCUCAUCGCCGAGCAGCGGGAGCUGGAGGAGAAGAUCAAGCUGGGCCAGGAGCAGCUGCGGUGCCUGCACGAGAGCCUGGGCCAGCCCCCCAAGGGCUGCUAGCCCCCUGCCCAGCCUCCCGCCGGCACCUGCCCCGGCCCCAGCUCGCUGCCCGAGCACAUCCAGCCCCUGGGGAGCUCUGUCCAGCCCCUGCCUGUUAUUUAUUUGUCUGGUUUACCGGGCAGGGGGAGAGGGUGCUAGUCGAGGCACGGGCAGGGCCUCUGCCACAGAGCUGCCCUGGAAUCUACAGCCGCCUGGCACGCUGUGGCCUUGUGGCCCGGCAGGACUGGGUGGACGGAUCCUGUCGCCCCCGUGCUGGGUCUCUCCGUGCCCACGGGGGUCCCUCCAGCUUGUCCUGGACGCCGGUGCCUGUCCUGCAGCUGGUGCUGCACCUCGUGCCUUAAACACCCGCCCAGUUGCCACGGGGCAUCCCCACGCCGUGCCUGGAAGGGUUAAGCCGUCCCUGCCCUCCGUCCCGUCUGUUUGUCUGGCUCUGUCCAUCGGUCUGUUUGUCCGGCUCUGUCCAUCAGUCCGGUGGGAGCUGCAGGAAUGUGUUUCGCCCCCGGCAUCCUCUUCCUCUCCAUUGUGUCCCAAACAAUAGCCCUGGCCAGUGGGUUCUUAACCCGCUCGCUGCUGGGCCGAGGCGCCGCAGGGAGCUGAGGCAGGUGCUGCGCACCCUGAGAUGGUGCCCUGCCAGGGGGUGGGGUGCUGGCAGCUCACAGGGGGCUGUGGGUGCCCUCUGCCACCGGUGCUGCGGGCGCAGGGACCGCACGGCCUCAUCUCACGGUCACCUCCAGCGCCAGGAGGAGGAAAAGCCACGCCAAGGAAGCAGCAGGGUACCUGUGUCCCUCCUCCGUGCUGCUGCAGCCCCAUAUAGCACUUAGAGCUCCCCCUGGGUCAGCCCCUGCCCCAGGAUCAGCAGGUGCCUUGUUGCUGGUUUUGCACCAGGAGUUGGUGCAGCCGGGGGCAGCCUGGCAGGGGGAGCGUUCUGGGGAGGGGGAGUGGGCCACAGAGCCUUGGGGAUGGUCAGAGCUGGGCAGCCCCUGCCCAGGGUGCCCACCUGGCACCGCAGCAGCCCUCCUUUGGGGCUGCUUCCCUCAUGCCCCAGCCCAUUGAACACUACACCCACCCCUACCUGUCCCUGCCCUUGGAUGGUGCCAGGGGGCAGCGGGGUCUCCUGCGUGCCCUCCAUCUCAGCCACCCCUUGUGCCUGCCCAGGGAUGCUGCUGGGACCAAAGACUGCAGCUCCUGGCACGUGGGGGCCGUGCAGGUCCCUGUGCCAGGGCAGUGUGCCCGUGCCUUGCCGUUGUGCCUCACACUAAAGCAGCAGCAGCUGCACAACCGCC